AGCAGCAUUCAAUAUCGCUGCCCAUGGCACAAGUAGUGUCCUUCACAUUUGUCACAGAACAAGGAGAACAGGUUCUUCCACCCCGGCGCCAUAGAAAGGCGCGCUUUAUUUACAAAAGGGAGAGAGGGGUGAUCAGUGUACCGGUGGCAGAAGAGAGUAACCAGAGACAUUCCCAGGGGUUUUCCUGGCUGUAGUCUGGCAGCAGGUCCAUGGGAGUGAAGGAAGAGGUGUUUAACUGCUGAUGGGUAAUUUGGAUCUCUCCUCAGCGGCAUUAGGAGGAAAUCAAAUAUAUGUGCAUUGACUGGAAGACAAGAGAGCAGCGGCAGCAAGUUUUUCUCAGAUAUCCCAGUGGAGCCAUUUGAUCCUGUAACCAAUGGCAACAGUCCAGGCCCUGUGCUUGAACCAGGACCCCAGCAAAAGCAUCUGUGCCGGUUAUCCAGCAUCCACUUUGGCAGGCCACUGCGUCAUGGGAAGUGUAGGCAGCCUAAUCGAGAAACCAGACGUGUCACCAACCAAGAGCAACAGAGCAGUUCCACAAGUGCCAGGACGUCAGAACCACGGCCUGCUCAAGAAGGGUUUCAACCAGAGAGAGCUGCUUAACUAUCUGAACAUCACCAAGAAGGAAGCAAAGGGCAGCAAACACCUCAUCUCUGGGACAUCCUCUAUCAAGAGAGAGCACAGGAGAGAGGACGACGAUGUCUACACUAAGGUCUACCACAGGGAUGGAAAGGAGGUCGAUUUGGGAAAGAACUCACUUCCCAUAGGUGGCAAGUUUGACAAGCCACGAUUCAGGCCUUCCGCCUUUAAACCGGUCACCCCAAAAAACUGCAGUUCAAUGCAGAACCUCUACCCCUCCAAGUCAGAGGAGGUAGAGAGCGGCUUAACCAACGGCAUGCAUCCGUCCUAUGCCAAAGCAGCGUCCAAAUCGCUGUCCACCUCUUCCUCGUCGUCCUCCCCUUCACGGCCAGGCGUGAGUGUCAGCAAAGGCGUGCUAGCAGCAGCCCGGGGCCUCAGCCAGGAAGAGGAGAACACAUCCGACUCGGGGCACAAUUCCAUGAACAGCCUGCCGCCUUGUCGGCCGCCGUUCCGCCCUCACUUGGGACAAAUCAGUGCCUCUAUGGGUCACAUCAACCACAUCGGCUCACUAGAUCGCACCUCGCUUGGCUCCAAGGGAGCCGCUUCCAUGGUCACAGACGUGUCCUGUCAGAGUAUGGCUACGCUGAACCGCCUGCAGUGCUAUGGAAACGAGGCCCCGCCACCCUACGAGCUGUCGCACUCUCUGGAGGACGUGGUGAGGGACCUGGAGGACCGUCUGCAGGAAAAAGAGAACGAGCUACGUCAGAUGAGGAGGAACCUGGAUGAAAGCGAAGACGCUGUUGCACAGGUUUUUGAAGAGAAGCAGCGUCUCUGGGAGAAGGAAGUGACAGAACUGAAACACCUGUACAACGCCAAACUGCGGCAGGUAUCCCAGCAGUCCCAGCGUUCACAAAGAAACCUGCAGCUGCAGCUGUAUAAGGCACAGCAGGAACGCAACCGGCUGCAGGAGGAGCUGGAUUCUGUCAGGCUGGAGUGCCAGACCCUGAGAAGUCAAAGCCCAGCGGCACAAAGCCAAAGCAUUAAUCCCCAGCUGGAAGAGACCCAAUGGGAGGUUUGCCAAAAGUCUGGAGAAAUCUCUUUACUGAAGCAACAGUUUCGGGACUCUCAGGCAGAGGUUACACAGAAGCUGAGUGAAAUCUUCCUCUUAAAGACUCAGCUGCAUGAGGCACGCAAUCAGAUCCGGAGCAAGGACAGUCAGAUCGACAUGCUACAGAUGGCCCUACAGGGUGCCCGGCGGAAAUGCCCCUUGCCUGCUUUCGAGGAGCAUCGAGCAGAUGCGGGUGAGACUGGAGGAGCCAGUGCUACGGAGGAGCGUCUCAGAGCUGAACUGCUGCUGGAAAGGCGGCAGAACGAGGCGCAGGCUUCAGCUUUUGAAAUUGAGAGGAGCACGUGGCAGAAUGAGAAGGAGAAGGUGAUACGCUACCAGAAGGAACUGCAGGCCAGUUACCUGGAGAUGCACCACAAGAAUGAGGCCUUAGAGAGAGAACUGGCAAUGCUGAGAGGGGGCAGGGCAAGAGUUGAAGAGGUGGGGUCAGGGGGCAGAGAUGAGGGCGGGGCUUUACAAGAAGCUAAGCUGCACACUGGUCUGCCCUGGAUAGAGAGGAUUGAGUCCUCUGAAAUUUGACUUUGCAAAUGUUCUUUGGCAUCGGAGAUUAGAUUGAUGCCAACAGCUCUGGCUCCUUAACCCAAGACAAUGUUUUAAACCGAAUAAAUAAACUAAACUAUAUAAGUUUGACCAAAAAGUGUACCAAACAGAGGAGCAAGCUGAAUAAUAUGGGUUGUUUUGUAUCACAGAAGGGAUUUUGCUUUGAUAAAUCUGAAUCAUCAAAACAGUGACUCAACCCCAAUUUUAUUUUAGACAUAUUUGAUUUUGGAUUCUAAAACAGUCACAAUGAGUGUUCUAGCCCCAUUUUCUUUCAUUGAUUAUAUGGUAUAUUUGUGCUUUAGGUACUGAAUAUUGCUCAAGGUCAUCACGACAGUUCCAGUGGAUGAUAAAUCACAAAUCCCAACAUCAUAUUUUUUAUGCUGCCAUUCUUUAAAGACUGAAAUCAGAAGUGUGCAUUCCCUAAAACGCAUGUUGCACUUUAAAAGCACAACUUAUAAGUUGUCCUUUGCAUUAGAAAUAAAAUAUGUAAACAGCAGAUCCAUAUAGAAGCAUUUCUGCUACUAUGUGUAUUGUUGUGCUCUGGUGGGCUUUUCUGUUCUUUUGACCCAAGAUGUGUAUAGCUGCAUGAAUGUGAAAUGAAAAUUCUGGAAAGUUUGAUGCCAGUGUGUGCAUAGAACUGUUGAAAAGUCAUUGAUGUAAGGGUAACGUUAGAUCCCACGUUAUUAUAUCUUAAUAUAGCAAACUAUACUGUGAUUUGUUUAAAAACUACUGAAUUUCAUCUUCUGUUUCGUGUAUUAAUUGUAUAGAUUUGUACUAUACAUGUAUGGUGUUCUUUACCUCAAAGUCGCAUAAACCUUGCCAUUUUCCCUUACGUUGACUGAAGGUUAUUUCCCUUGUUCUGUAAAAACAGCUCUAUAAUGUGUCUUCCAGUUAGUGCAAAAUAAAAGUUUCA